AUGGCUGAAUUCAACCUUCAUAUCAAUGCAGGUGUCGCCGACUUUGACGAGAGCUCUAGAAUUUGUACACCGAAACCCGUGAAGGGCGAAAUCAACGUAAAAGCGUCAGAAGAGGCCGAAGGCUUCUAUGACUUUCAUUGGCAAGCCAAAGAAAAAGUUGCAGGUGCAAAUUUGGAGCCCAUUGAGCUAAUUUUAAUUCCUGGUGAGACCAGGUGGGUGCAGGUAAAAUCGUCCAAAAACGGACGUGUUUUCUGUCUUGUCUUUUCAUCUGGUGAAAAGUACUUCUUUUGGCUUCAAGAUGCGCUGGAAGGUACUACAAAACUCAAUGAAUUGUCAGACGCUGACAAAACUGUCACUGAAAAGCUCAAUGACAUUCUAAAGGUGGAAGAAGACGAAGUUGAAGACACGGCUGAAGACAGUAUGCACGUUGACGAGCAAGAACACCAAAAUCCACAGUCCGAACAGAAUAAUCUUCCCAUUGCUCACAUACGUGACUUUCUAGACAAAGAGCUUAUGGUAAGCUAUGUGCAAAACCUUUCACCGGACUCACCUCAGUUGCAAAGGCUGUUGAGCCAUCUCCCAGAAGAAGUCAAUAAGGAUAAAACUACGCUAAUUGAAUGUCUGCGGGGACCUUUUUUCGCUCAGACGAUAGAUACCCUUUCGCGGUCGCUUCUCGAAGGUCCGGAGGCUGGCUUUCUAGUUGCGAGUGGAUUCGGUUAUGAGUAUUCAGGAAACGGAGUUUUGGGCCUGAUCAAAGGAGCACGAUCCCAAGGUUUAAAAGAAAAAGAUGAGGCCACCUUGCAGAAAGAAAAUCAGUGA